AUGUAUCAACGUGUUCGCAUAUUAUGCUGUAUCACUUUCAUUUUCACAGUAAUCAUUUCGAUUGACGCUGCAGCAGUCAUACUGCAUCCAAAGCAUGAAAUGACAUUAACUGAGAAGUUACGAUUUUACUUCAGAUGCCUUGUGAAGGUCUUAUGUCACAUGAUACGUUUGGGUUAUAUAGGUCCGCUAUCGGAUUAUUAUGUGCAUUGAGAUGCUUAUUUUAAAGUAAUCAGUGCGUUACUAUUUUAAAAGUAAUAUUGGUAAAUGGUAUAAAUCACCAUGAACAGAUUUUCGUGUGUUUCACUUUUUAAAAAAUAUUUUUAUUAUCCAUUGUAAACGUUAUGUUAAAUUGAGGUGACAUUAUGGGACCAAAAUAUAUUUUACAGUUUGAUGUUGGUUCUUUUCGGGAGAUUUCAUUUCCUUCACGUGACUUGCCUAAUAUAAUUAUUUGAUUUAAGUUGGAAUUGGAAACGAUUUUUAUUUGUCAUCUUGACAGUUUCCAUGUUGAAACUAUUACUAUGAGACCAAAAGGUCAUGUGUCUGAUCAUUGGUAAAUUUUGUGCUGCUCAUUGUGGAGGAGUUCUAUAUCAGGAUGAAAUAACACAUAAAUACUGUGUUUGGAAAUCACUACAUAAUAAGUCAGUUGAUUGCUUACCAAUGUCAGUAAGUGAUGGUCAAGUCCUAUCAGAAAUUUAGUAUAAUUGAUCAAUAUUGACUACUGAGUUGUUGCUAAUUGACUAAACGGUAUUAAGUUCGAUAUAAAGCAUAAUGAUCAGUGGGUUAAUUCUUAACAGUAGUCGUGAAUGCUUAUUAUCUGAAAAUUCCAAACUAGAAUGAAAGAUCUGACUAGUAAUACCCAGUUUGCAUUGGUGUUUCGGUUUUAUAAGUAGUGUUGAAAUAUCCAUUGAAGGCUAAUCUAAUACAUACAUUUUUUUAAUGAAUAAUACAAUGCUAAUUUAUCUCAAGGUUAUUUAAAGAAAGAUUCAAAACCUUCUAAUCAUCCUCAAAAUUUCUAUUACAAUAGAACAGAUCAACAAGCGAUGUUAAUUAAACAAACGGAUAUGUAUAUAAAUUUCCGUAUUAAAUAUAUCACAAGUAUUUGGAGUUUGAUAACACCUUAAUCAGUAACACCUUCUACAAUUCCAACGUGCCCACCCAGCGAAAUUAAAAGUCAGAAGCGAAGAAGUGAUCAAAUUAAUCAAUAAAGAGAGAGGGAGAGAGAAAGAAAGAGAAGUAGGUCUAGUUGUAGGUAUGUGUAAAUCCACUGAGAGUCGUUUAUUAUUAAUAAAUCCAUUUUGGAUCCAUGGAAGGUCAAAUACAAAACAACUAUAUGAACAAUGGAAAAUUAUCAUAAUUAGUAUUUUUAAAAAGAAAACAAAGCACAAUUUUUAAACAAAUAGUUAAAAUUCACUUGCUCUUGUUUGCUUGAAUCUUCCCCUUGACAUUUAGGACUGCAAUUGAUCAGCCUCUUGUUGGCACAUGUGCAUAUUCAGUGUAUUGCCUUGAUGCAGCUUUAAUUCAUAAGCAGUAUAAGCAAAAAUGGAUGGUGACAAGCAGUAGAAUCCAGGACGCGCCUUUCGUCCCAUUUGGGACUCGUCAGCUGGGUGUGUCUGCAUCUCAGAGUUCAUGUUUACUCUGAGACUAGAAGAACGAUGGAGAUAGCGCUUAUCUGAAUAACAACGGUAGCUUGAGUCUUAAAACUGCCAAAAAGUUAUGUUCGUUUAAGAAAAUGGUUCAGAGAAACAAAAGAUAUUUAAUACAAAUGUGGG